UAUUAUAACGAGAAUAAUUGGAAGUCCAAACUGUAAUUCCAAUAUUACAUGAAGAAACAAAAAGGUGUGCAUGAGAUUUGCAAGAGGUUCGUCUAUAACAGCAGCAAAUAUCAUCAGAAGUCAUCUACUGGUGUAAAGUCAGUUAUUAAUAAUAUAAGCAAAUUCUAUCCAUCUACCCCGACUGACCAUAAAGAAAGGCCAGUAAAAACGAUCAUUGCUUUGGGCGAUGGUGUGGUUUAAUACUAGUUCACAAGGCAACAGGUCGUUACCGGUCAGAACUAUUACAAAAGCGUUGAAGAGGUAUUGUGGACAGCAGUUAGAAGUAGUAAUGGUUGAUGAAUACCUC